AGGUUUGGGGCAAUAUUUACACUUCAACACCCUUGAAGCUGUUUGUGAUCACUGUAUUCGCCAAGCGCCAGUAUACGCAGGGUCGCAACUAAUUAGCCAAUCAUAUCUCGAGUUCCGAAAUUAAACUUUUCAAUCAAGGUGUACGAUUUCUAUUAUCACAUAAAUUAACAAACCCCCAAGAUUGAACAAGGCUUGUGAAAGAACCUCCUUUAUUGUAUUCCUAUGAUAAAGAGAUUUAUAGCGACGAUGUUAAUCAGGUGGCAAAGAACUAAGUUUGUUAAAUUUGAACUGAUUUUAGGUCGCCAAACAGUGAUAAUCCUUGUGCAAGAUGCCUCGGGGCUGAUAUCUCGGCAUAUCGGGCGCACUGGGGCAGAACAGUAAAUGACAACAUAUCAAAAACAUGUCACAUUUUCAUCCAUAUAAUGGCUAUCUGUUCCCUGGGGACCCGGUAGCUAGCAAACCAAACCGUCGAUCCGCGUGUAUGGAAUUUCGGACGUUGACAAUGUCUUGUGGCUUUGCUGUGCAAGCCAGUAAGCAUGUUUAACAUUCUUUUUACAAACUGUUGUUGUGAGGAACAACGAGAGUUGAUUUAUGGCACGGAGUGGCGGGGAGUGCAGACCUUUCUACUGCCGAGAAUGGGUCUACGAAAAAAUCCAUGCUUGCUUGGAAAGAAGAAAACAUCAAGAGGAUACCAAAACGAAGGGAGCUUUCAUUCUAGGAGGGCCUGGCUCCGGCAAAACGACAAUUUUUCGUGAACUUGUAUCUCCAACCGCCAAGAAAGGCGUUCAGGUGGAACUUUCGAAGAAAGUUGUUGCCUACCACUUUUGCCAAGCCCAGAAUGCGCUCUCUGUUUCCGUCGCGGACUUUAUUUCAAGUCUUGCAAAGCAACUUGCUAAAGCAGAAGAGCUGAAAGCGUACGCUGCCAAAUACAGCGACCCCCAAAUUCAAAAUCACCUGAAAAGUGAACAUUGUAUUCGAAACCCUGAUCGUUCCUUCAAAGAAGGAAUUCUGCUUCCUUUAAAUUCGCUGUCGCCACCGCAAGAUAUCUUCUUAGUUGUGGUGGACGCCAUUGAUGAAUCGUUCCUACAUUCUUUCGAUUCCGGUGUUGCAUCUGGCAGUCGAACUGUUGCCGAAUUGAUGGCCACCCAUCAUGACUUGCUACCUCCUUGGUUGUUUCUUGUUGUAAGUGCGAGAAAACAGUCGAAAACCGUUACAAGAAUGUUCACCGGAUUCCGAAAGUUAACUUUAGACGAUCUUCGGAAAGCACACGUUGUCAAAGACAUUCAACAGUACAUUUUAAAUCGCUUGGACGACGAACCCAGCUUGAGAAAACACUUGACUAGGGAGACGGCUGAAGCCUUUAACCAGCUCCAUAUCAAGAGCAAUGGUUGUCUUCUUUAUCUUGAAAAACUGUUGGAUGGGCUGGUGGAUGAAUUUUUCACCCUGGACGAGACCCAAGACAUUCCAGGAACAUUGUCUGGCCUAUACCUAUGGCUUUGCAAUAGGUUGUUCACAGAAGAACAAGUGGAAAAGAUUCGCUCAGUACUGAAUGUUGUGUUAGCAGCUCAAAGGCCACUAACUGAUUCUGAAAUGUUUCAAGCAGUCUGGACGAAAGAUACUGAACUGACAACAGAACGCUUUUUGGAAACCCUUGACCUCAUGUCGCACCAUUUUCUAACUGAGAACAAUGGUGCAAAGAGCAUCUCUCAUCUAUCUUUUGCAGAGUGGCUCUUGGAUGCAAAACACUGCACUGCGAAAUUUCAAUGCAAUCCUGCAGAUGGGCAUGCGAUGUUAGCCUUGCAUUACACCCGACUCUCUCAAAGACAACAGCUUACACAUCCUCAUCAGCUUGCAUUUCAUUUGAGUCGGGCAUCUUUCAGGGAGUUUUUCACCCAAGAUCACCUUGCACUGUGGCUUCUUUGGAGUGGAACACAGAUCACACACAUCCAGCUUAAUACAGAUGCACUAAACCAAGAGGUUGCUCAACUUUUGCUUGAUGCUGGUGCUAAAGUUAGUGAACUUGAGGACCAAGCUUCCUUGGUUCCUUUUGCACCAGAGACAGAAGAUUCUGUCAAGGCGUUACUAGAGAAAGGAACCUCAGUGGAUCGUGUUGAUAGUUCUGGUCGUACAUUGUUAUGCAAUGCUGCAUUUAAUGGAAAUGUUGAUGUAGUACGGCUUCUGAUUAAACAUGGCGCUAGUGUUAACUUCUCAGACACCUCCGGACAGUCGCCAUUAAUGCUAGCAUCAAGACAAGGACACAGUGAAAUUGCAUAUCUCCUUGUGAACUGUGGUGCGUCAGUAGAUCAUUGUGCUGAUGAUGGAUGCACUGCAUUAAGGGCAGCAGCCUCUGGAGGGCACUCUGAUGUUGUCUCUGUUCUUCUGGAUCACUCAGCACAAGUAGACCUGGCUGAUGAUGAUCAGCGAACUGCUAUGCGUGGAGCAUCAUGGGGUGGACACAGUGAUGUUGUUUUGCAGCUCCUCCAACGUGGAGCUGAUCCAAAUCUUGCCGAUAAAGAGGGACGGACAGCACUAAUAGCUGGUGCUUACAUGGGUCAUAAGAAAGUUGUGGAAAUACUACUUGAUUACAAAGCAGAAAUCAAUCAUGCAGACAAUGAUGGCAGAACUGCUUUAGCAGUGACAGUUCUUUGUGUUUCGGCAAGUGAAAACCAUGAAGCUGUUGUUGAUCUUCUUCUAAAGCGUGGAGCAGAGGUGGACCAUCCUGAUUUUGAUGGCUUAACACCACUUUGUGUUGCUGCCCUUGAGGGUUAUUACAAUGUUGCCAAGUUGUUAAUAAAAGCUGGGGCAGAUACUGGUCAUUGGGACAGAAAUGGACGGACACCCCUGUUUGCUGCAGCAGCUAAUGGUCAUUGUGACAUUGUAGAUUUGCUCCUUGCAACAGCAGAAGAUGGUAAGCCAGAUCCAUCUGCUUGGGCUUCACCCAAGUUUUCAAUGUUCCGGGCUGACCACAGUGGCUGGAACCCAUUGAUGGUGGCCGCAAAUCAAGGUCACAAAGAUGCAGUAGUGUCACUCAUAGAGGCAAGUCUUGAUAUCAAUGCUCUAGAUCCCGACGGGAGGUCUGCGUUGAUGUUAGCAGCACAGGAAGGCCAUGUUGAUGCAGUGUCAGCACUUAUUGAGCAUGGUGCACCUAUUGAACAGGCUUCCUCUGAUGGGCGCACAGCCUUGCAUUUUUCAGCAAUGGAAGGUCACGAGGCUUGUGUCCAACAUUUAGUCAGUCUUGGAGCAGAUGUCAAUCACCAGGACAGUCUCGGACGGACACCUCUCUUUGCUGUUUCCAUCGAAGAGAACAAACCGAUGGUUGAAGUUUUGUUAGAUCUUGGUGCUUUUGUUGACAGCAGAGACAUGGAAGGACGGACUCCACUUCAUGCUGUAGCAUGGAAGGGGUCUUAUGAGUUGGUGGAACUUUUCCUGGACAGAGGAGCAGAAAUAAAUCAUGCAGAUUCUGAAGGACGAACAGCUUUAAUGUCAGCGGCGUGGAAAGGCCAUCUCUCUACGGUACAGUUGUUGAUUCAAAAGGGUGCAAAGGUGGACAAGAUGUCUCUGGAAGGUGCGACUGCACUUUGUAUUGCAUCUCAGGAAGGACAUGAUGAAGUUGUACAGAUUCUCCUUGAGCAUGAUGCUGACAUGAAUCAUGCAGACAAACUCGGAAGAACUCCAAUGCAAGUGGCUUAUGAAGCUGGUCACACAAGAGUAACAAAGGUCUUGGAAGCUUUCAGUGUAAUGAGAUUAAAUGAUGGAAACUUCACCAGCACAUUGAAGAGGAAGCUGUCGUCAGCGCAGUCAGAGAGCAGCAGCACAGUGUCAAACAGUAGCCUUGCAGAAAAGCCUCGAAGGUCAGACAGCGUGUCAUCCUCAAACAGCUCUGAUUCUCCAGCUGACUCAAGAAGAGACCUUGGAGUACCAGGUUCAACUCAUCAACUUGGACCAAAUGGAGAAAUUUUAGAAGAAAGGCGCUACUCUGCCAGCUUUCACGAUUUGCACACUGUUCAGCCGAUCAAGGAGCCGUGGAGUUCAGCCUGUCCUCCAUACACGUCAGAAUUGGAUGUUAUGAAACCACCUCCAUAUACAGAAAAGCCUGUUAGAACAUCUCUUGUUGAAGAUGAUGUUGUUGCAAGCAAGCCUUCUCCAACUGGUAAACACAAGCAGUUUUCCUUGCUUCAUAAGAUGAAGCAAAAAGGGAAAAGUGCUUUUACUUCUAGUGGUUCUCAUGGUCAGGACAAACAUGGAAAGGUGGCAGGCAAGGCCAAAGGUCAGGGUGAAAAGCGCGGAUUUUUCUCUGGUAUCAAGCAGCGAGGUGUAAGUUCAUCAUAUGGUGCCAGUUCGGCAAAAUCCAGAGAAGGAAAAACUGUGAACUCCAAAGGCUCAAAUGAGUCACUGGAAACAAAAAUAUAACAAAUGAUGACUUUGGAAAAGUUUAAGUUUCCUAACUUGAUCAUAGUUGUGAUGUAUUGUUUAUACAAUACAUUAGAUAACUAAGCAGUGAUCUGUUUAAACCUCAGUUAACUAUGUUUUGUUUCUUAACUGCUACCAAUACUGAGUUCUCUAGAGCUUGUCUUUAUAGGUAGACUCUACAAUGAGUUAAAGUGGGAAAAAUGUGAUUCAUUCAAUAGCAGUUUACUGUCAGUUGUAAAAUCAGCUAUUUCCAAAUUGCCUUUUGCUAAUCUGAAUGAAACCAUUGAUAUGAGAAUGUGUCACUCAUUUUCUUGCAAAUUGAACUUAUUUUCAUAUGAAAGAGUUUCACCCCUUUUAUAGUGAAGUCAAAGCCAGUAUGUUUGAGAUAAUUUCAAGUUUUAUUGUCGCUACUUUUAAUUCGUUAACUAUUUUUCAUCAAAGAGAGUCCCGAAUGUUUUUGAUUUGAUAAGAAUUGAUUGAAAAAGCUAUCUUGUCAAACUAGACAAUUAACUCAACUGGGCAGUUUCUAGGAGGUUCCACUAUUGGUGUGAUGGAUGAUCCAAGUACAUUUAUGGCGUGUCUUAGUGAUAGGAUGACAGUUGUUUUAAAAUGUCAUAAUCUUGCAUAAUAUUGCCACCUCUUUUGAACACAAUGAUAGCAUCACAAAGUUUGGCUAAAAUGUGUAUGAGGUUUUACAAAGAAGCAUGAUGGUAUUUUAAUGAAGAAACUGUUUUCUAAUAAUUGUUAUUAGACUGUAAGCUCAAUGUUUCUACUGAUUUGUUCACUAAAACCACAAUAUGAUUAAAUCCCAAGGGACUGGGAUAGGAUCUUCUCUGUAUUAAUGACAAGGAGUUCUGUUUUCUACAUUUUAAUGUUAGUAGCUUUGGGAACAGGUCAGCCAAGCAUAAUAUAAGAGUUUGUAUGGAGAACUGUGGCUGAUUAGAUUAUUAUUGAAUGGGUCUUCGUUAUAUAGGGGUUCAUUAUAAUGAGGGUUUCAAUGUAGUUCCAAAGUUAAUCGGAAUCAAAAGCUUAUUAACCCAGUCACUGAUAUAUUGAAUAUUGUUCCACUUUUGGGAAAUAAUGUACAAGGAUCAUUGGCCCCAUUUUCUCAGGCCCAACGAUUGAUAGGGAAUGUUCAUUCCCAUUCUAUGAAAGGUACCAAUUUCUUCACCGUUACCUCUUACUAACCUUUGUUAGGAAUUCUGUGGUGCUUUGUUACAGCUAACUGUCGGGCUAUUAUAGUUAUCUGUAUGAUAGGCAUCUAUCGGCUUGAAUUGCAACAGCCCAUUCUAGUCACCUUUUAAAUUCAUCUGGUCAUCAAAGGCUGUUGUCUCGUAGCUAGAAGACUAAAUAAACAUUCUUAACCCUAAUUUAUAUUUGCCGGCCUUUUACUUGUGAAUAGGCCUUGGAAGUUCAAACGAAUACGGAAGAUCUGUCUGUUGUUUAGAGUUUCCAUCAUGCAUGUAUUUACUUAUUGAAGUUGUUGACUAUUUUUGUAGUCUGUUGCCUGCAAGGAAUAUAAAACCACAGCUAUUAAUUAUAACAAAUGGCAGCAGUUACAGCAGCGAACGAAAGCCUUUAUUUAAAACAUGUACGGUACAUGGAAUUUAUCAAUGAGAAAAAUAUCAAAUAUCAAAGCAGCAAAAGACUAUAUAUAUUUUUGCUGGUAGAGUUUGCUUUGUAAUUUGCUCAGAAAAUGGUGUUUUCAAAUAUAAUUAUUGAUAUUUUUAGAAACAUAUGUUUGUAUAAAAUUGAGUUUCAAGACAAGGCUGACAUAGUUUAGGUCUUAAGAGCUUAUUAUUAUUAUUUUUCAUUAUUUUGGUUGUUGUUUUGUUUUUUUGGAGAGCUUAUUUUUAAAUUGAUUCAAGGGUGGAUAUUACCCAUCCUUAAUACUAAGGAUCAUUGACUCAAUUUUUUUGCAAACGAAAAGUCAUUUAUUGCGUGUUUAUGUAGCAUUAGGUAAAUCACAUAUAUAAAAUUGAAUACUGAAUGUAAACAUUUAUUAGUACAUAAUUACUUUAUAACGUGAUACAUAUUGGGUGUUUUUUUGUCAAAUGUGCCUAUUAAUAAAAUUAAGGUUCUCAGCUUGAAGUAGUGAAGUAUAAUUUGUUGAAUUUCAACAAAGCACAAUAUACCAUUUGGAGACCUGUCAUGUAACCUUGUCAAUCGUAAAAGAAGAAAAAGUCAUUGCAAGAAAUUAGUAAAAUUGCCAAUGAGAAUUUUUCUGGCGGUUUGAACGUUUUCAAUAUUAAGAAGAUUGAUGUCAAAAAAGUGCUGGUUGGCAACUUUUCUCUCAUUUUUAAGACCUGUCACUUACAGAUAAACCUUAUUGGUCUCAAAGAUGGCAGCGAGGUGGGGCGGGGGGAGAGGAUGCACUCCUAAACCUUUGGGUUGGGGUGUACUGUGCGCUUGAAAUCAUUGCCCUGUUUCAGACCAAACAAUGUGAUUUUCCCUCUAUUAUUCCUGAUUAUCCCUACCCUAUUUCAGACCUGACUCAAAGUUAGCCGCCUUGUUUCAGACCAUACCCUACCCAGGAAUUCUGUCGACAUUUUAGAAGAGGCCAUGACGCGUGUGGACGAUUGAGAAAACAUUUGCUCAAAAAUGGAGGUUAUCUUCUCAUCCUGGUGCGUUUAAACGAGAUUGAGCGAAACUACGGUAUUUGUCCUACGGGGUUAUAUUACAUAAGAGACCAACGCAAGAUAAAUAACCUAACUUCGCUAAAAAUUUCGUUUAGGAAGGAAGGAUGAGAAGAAAUGACACCACACAUAGUUUGAAAAUCUUUAUUCGGUGAACCACGCAAACAUAGAUUGAUUCAUUUUCUAAUCUUCAUUGACGCGUUUGGGUUGCCUGUGGCUUGACACAAGAACUGAGUACAUUUCGUUUUCACUCCCAUACUGGUUACCAGUUUGCCAUUUAAGGUACCGAUGUUAUUUGAUUGACAGAAAUUUAGAUUCACUGCCAAAAGAAUUUUUCUUUCAAAUGUUGCAUUUGUUGGUAACAUCAAUCAGUGAAAAAAAACAAACAAAAAGUCUUGGAACAUAACAAAAGAAAACAUGCUGGACUAUUUUACUCCGUCAUAUAUAACAGAAGUAAGUGUACACAGGUCGAACACCUCAGUUUCAAUUCUGUCCAAAAAGGUCAGAACAACGAAAGAACUGAUUUGUAUUUUUUUGUGAGCUAUUUUCUCUACUUCGUGACUAACGUAUAUUUGUUGGUGCCAAGAAUCAUACAGCAACACUUGUUCUCUGAUCUCCAGCCUUGUGAAGGUUCACGUCUCAUAACUGAUUAGUUAGCUCUACAAAAUUAUCUUUCUUAUUUUAGUUCCUCUGUAAGCAAUCGCCAAAGACCCCGCCGUUCUCGCACUACGAGCAGAUAGGGAGUUAUCUCCAAAUCUUCUGCAGUUCGUCUUCUCCCUUCGCCUUCGGUGACUUCGGUCUCUUA